GGUUCUAUUUGGAGCGGAAGGACAGCAAAGAGAAAGGCGAGGAGAGUCAGCAAGAGGGAGUGAUUGUGGAACUUAAAAGCAAACAGAUUCGGGAACUGACCAAACAUGCCAAAUCUAGUUCAAGGAAAGCCCUUUCUUCCGAAGAUGAACCAUUAAACCUGAGAAACCAAAAACCCAUCUACGCCAACAAAUUUGGAAAGUUGUACGAGAUCACACCGAAGAAAAACCCGCAGCUUAGGGACUUGGACGUGUUCCUCAGUUCUGUAGAUAUCAAAGAGGGAAGCCUUCUUCUGCCACACUACAAUUCUAAGGCCAUAGUGAUUAAUGAGGGAAAAGCAAACAUUGAACUGGUUGGUCGAAGAGAAGAACAGCAGCAGCAGCAAGAGGAAUUUCGAAUACCUAAACCCUAA